AUGGUUUUCGGACUCGGUGGCUCCCAGGAGCCUACAUUGGACCAGGUCCACGACCAGCAGACACGCCGUCCUUCGGCUGUCGAGGUCGUCAAUGAGGAUGUCCGCCGCAAGAGUGUUGACAACCGCAUCGUCACCGGCGCUUCUCAAUUGACCACUCGUCAAUCGAUCGUCCCUGUCGCCUUGGUCACACUUCUCUUCUUCCUCUGGGGCUUCGCCUACGGUCUUCUCGAUGUCCUCAACUCCCGCUUCCAGGUUGCGUUGGACAUCAGCCAGGGAGAAUCGUCUGGUCUUCAAGCUGCCUACUUUGGUGCCUACUUCAUUGGCCCCCUCACCUACUCUGGUUGGUUCCUUCGCAAGUUUGGUUACCGCUACACCUUCAUGCUUGGUCUCGGUAUCUACUGCGUUGGUGCACUCAUGUUCUGGCCUUCCGCUGUCAAGCGAAGCUUCGGUGGUUUCUGUGGCUCCAUGUUCAUCGUCGGCUCUGGAUUGUCCACUCUUGAGACUUCUGCCAACCCCUACAUCGCCGUCUGCGGUCCUCCUAAAUGGGCUGAGUUCCGUCUGGAGCUUUCUCAGUCUUUCCAGGCUGUCGGCUCGGUCGUCGCCCCCGUCCUUGCUUCCUUCGUGAUAUUUAAAAACGUGGGAGAGGACGGCCGCUCUCUUCAGUCCGUCCAGUGGGUCUACCUUGGCAUCGCUGUCUUCGUCGGUAUCUUGGCUGGUGUCUUCUACUUUGCUCCCAUCCCUGAGAUCACUGACUCAGACAUGGCCGACCAGGCUGAGAUGAUGACAUCCACUACCGGAUACGUCGAUAAGCCUCUCCGCAAGCAGUACACUCUCUUCUGGGGUGUCGCCGCUCAGUUCUGCUACGUUGGUGCUCAAGUCGGUAUCGCCUCCUUCUUCAUCAACUUCUUCACCCAGGCCCACCCCAAUCUGAACAUCACCGAUGCUCACCACCAGGGAGCCAACUACUAUGCUAUUGCUCAGGCCCUCUUUGCCGUUGGUCGUUUCAGUGCCGCUGGAUUUAUGUACUUUGGUGUCAAGCCCCGCAUGGUCCUUCUUGUUUACCAGACCCUGAUCAUGGUCUUCCUUGCCGCGGCCAUUGGUGUCAACACUGGCAGUGUCACUGCUCCUAACUGGGGUGGUCUUGCUCUCCUCAUGGUCGUUCUCUUCUUCGAGUCCUGUAUCUUUCCCAUCAUCUUCGCACUUACUCUCCGCGGUCUCGGUCGCCACACUAAGCGCGGUGCUUCCUUCCUCGUCGCCUCCGUCUCGGGUGGUGCCGUCGUUCCCGUCAUUCUUGGCAACGUCGCAGACCGCAUCGGCACCCAGCGCGCCAUGGUUGUUCCCUUGGCCUUCUUCGUCAUCGCCUGGUCCUACCCCAUCUACCUCAACUUGUACAAGGCUAAGGAACUCGAUGCCUACACCGACUCCAAAGUCGGUACGUCUGAGGAGGGCACCGUUGACUUUGACUCCAUCAUUGCCAACAAGGAUGUCGAGGCUGCUCGCUUUGAGCAUAAGGCAUAG